AUGUCUAACGUUCCAAGUGACAACUAUUCAGAAGACGAUUUAUUCGACGAUAUAGAUACUAUUCGUCUGCCGUCAGAUUCAUCGCCUUCACGACGCACUCCGCUUUUGACUACCGAUAGUAAUAGUAGUAGUAAUAAUAAUCCUUUUGCCAGUUCAUCAUACAUGUCAUAUAGUGGUGGCACAUUCACCUCUCCACAUGGUCCUAAUAGGCAAUUUACAAACUCGUCGUAUGGUACAAUAGUAGAUGAGUAUGGGGGUAUUGGUGUCAGUGGUAGUAACGAGCAUGAAGGCAUCGGUUGUAGUGGUGGUACUGAUUUUGAUGAUGAUGAUGAUGAUAUGAUGAGUGAUUUCUACCCCAAAAAAUCCAAAACCGUGGCUUUCGAUGAUGAAAAGUUGAAAUAUCCCCCUACGGCUUACAAUCCAGGCACAUCUUCCCAAACGUUUGACUUUGAAUACGAUAUGGAUGAUAACGAGAAAUCACUAAGAAUGAAUGGGCUGGAUAAUUUCCUUGGUGAUAACUAUAUGAUCAAUCCUUUAGUUGACGCUGACGAGGGCGCAGUAGGAGACGACGACGACGACGACGACGAUAUAUUCGAUGAUGACGAUAGUUUGUUUUCUCUGGGGGACGCUGAACUAAUAAGAAGGGCCACUACGCUAAAGCGACGUGGCGGGUUGAUAGGGACAAGUAUACAAAAGACAAAAAGUCGUGGGUCAACGAUUACUUUUGACGAUGAAGAGUUUAAGAAAUUGACAUAUACAAAGACCAUCAAAAAGGCCAAACUUAUUAAUGGAAACUACGUAAUUGAUGUACCUGCUCCAAAAGCACUUUUGGAGAAGUAUGAGUACGGUGAUGGCAAUGGUGGGAACGAAAUGAAGUUUUUGAGAUAUACCGCGGCAACGUGUGGUCCUUCAAACUAUACCAAAUUUAACUAUAAUUUGAGACAAGCAUUAUAUGAACCACAUAGAGAAACGGAGAUAAUGAUUAUGAUUACCAUGUACAAUGAAGACGAAAAUUUACUAGCUAGGACGUUGAAGGGGGUAUUUGAGAACGUUUCUGAUUUGUCAAGGAGGUCCGACGCGACAUGGGGCGAAGACUCAUGGAAGAAAAUCGUUAUUUGUAUCGUUAGCGACGGAAGAUUACAGUUGAACAAGCGAACUCAAACUUUACUAACUGCAUUGGGAAUAUAUCAAGAUGGGUAUGCAAAGUCCAAGAUUAAUGACAAAUCAGUCAAAGCACAUAUUUAUGAAUAUACUUCAGCAGUGGGUAUAGAUACAAUCACCGAUCACAAUGUUAAUCUAUGCACAAACGAAAACCCAAUCCAGUUUAUUUUUUGCUUGAAAGAGCAUAAUUUGAGAAAGAUCAACUCACAUCGAUGGUGCUUCCAAGCUUUUGCUCCUAUACUAAACCCCAAGAUCGUCAUGUUGUUGGAUUGUGGUACGAGACCUUCCAAAAAUGCAUUUUUCUAUCUUUGGAGAUCAUUCAAGGAUGAAAACGUAGCAGGGGCAUGUGGGGAAAUGAGGGCAUCCUUGGGACCAGGCAAGAAGCUUCUUGCAAAUCCAUUAGUUGCUGCACAAAAUUUCGAAUACAAAAUUUCAAAUAUCUUGGAUAAACCAAUGGAGAGUGUUUUUGGAUUUAUUUCAGUGCUUCCAGGUGCAUUUAGUGCUUAUAGAUAUGAAGCAUUGCUAAAUGUAAAUGGAGAAGGACCUUUGGAAAAAUACUUCAAGGGAGAGUAUUUACAUCAGAGUACUGCUAUCGGAAAUAAUGGUGAAGAGGAGGAUGACGAGAAGGAGAUUAAGGAGCGGAAUUUUCAAGAAGCAGGAAUAUUCACUUCCAAUAUGUAUUUAGCGGAGGAUCGUAUAUUGUGCUUUGAGCUUGUAGCAAAAAAGAGUCACAAAUAUAGGUUGAGGUAUGUCAAGGAAGCUAAAGCUGAAACCGAUGUACCUGAACGCAUUGAUGAGUUUGUUCUUCAAAGAAGAAGAUGGUUGAAUGGAUCGAUGUUUGCAGCUGCCUAUGCUGUGUUCCAUUGGACCAAGAUUUGGAGAUCUGAUCAUUCGUUAAUGAGGAAACUAUUUCUUCAGUGGGAGUUUUAUUAUCAAUUGGUAACUAUAUUAGUUUCUUGGUUUUCGUUAGCUUCCUUUUUUUUAGUAUUUCGAAUUCUUACUGCUAAUCUAGGGGCUGUUGAUAUGAAUUUCGAAACUGGGAAAUACCUUGCAGUUAUAUUUGAAUGGUUUUAUGUUGGAUGCAUUGUUGUGACAUUUGUGCUUGCAUUUGGUAAUAGUCCCCGUGGGACUCGAAAGUUUUAUCUUGUUGUCUCGUAUAUCUUUGCAAUAAUGAUGGCCUAUAUGAUGUUUGCAGCAAUUUUCCUUGCUGUUCACACAGCAUCAUUGAUUUAUGAUCAACAUCGAAAUGAUUUCAAAGUAAUUUUGGUUUUCACAAAUCAGAAAUUUCGAGAUUUGGUGGUGUCCAUGGUAUCCACUUAUAUUUUGUAUUUUGUUGGUGCUUUCUUAUAUGGACAGCCUAGUUUUAUGUUUACUUCGUUUGUUCAAUACGUGUUGUUGUCCCCUACAUACAUCAACGUGCUCAACAUUUAUUCCUUUUGCAAUAUUCAUGAUGUUUCAUGGGGUACAAAAGGUGUUGAGCAAGCCAAAGAUCUAGGUUCGGCCAAGUUCAUAGGCCAAGAUAACCAAAACAUUGUUUUAGUUGCACCUGAGAUUAACCAAGAGUAUGAUGAUGUAUACCUUGCCAGUUUGGAUAAAUUGAAGCAAAUGGAGCACGAACCAACGAUAGAUAAAAUCAAUUCUAAAAAAUUCAAGGAUGAUUCGUAUUAUGCAUUUAUUAGAACUAUAACUGUUUUAAUGUGGAUGUUGACUAAUGCAAUAUUAGUGGCUAUAGUCUUACGUACCAUGGGUGUGGACAUUUUGAGUGGAUUACCAAGUACUUAUACUGACGGGUCAAUUGCUGGUAAUUCCCAGAUAUUCUUGUCAAUUAUCUUGUGGAUUGUUGCCGGGUUGGCGAUAUUUAGGUUUUUGGGAUGUGUUUUAUACUUACUUGGGCUGUGCGUGAGACCAAUGAAAUGGAAAUUCAUGGCAAGAAAGGAGAGGAAGAGGCAAAGGAGGAUGGAAAGUAAAUCCGUGAUGGCGAGUCAUGUAUAG